GGCCGAACCGAACGGAGCGGGGGGCUGAGCGGAGCCGAACCGAACCGAGAGCAGCCGAGCGAGGCCGAGCGCAGCCGAUCUGAGCCGAGCUCGUACCGGGCCGUACCGGGCCCAGCGCCCUCCCCGCCGCCGCCUCUUCCCCCUCCACCAUCCAGCCAGUAAUUUUCCAAGCCCCGCUCGGCGCUUCCCGGCGGAGCUGCCCGGAUCGGCGGGGCCAUGGGAGACAAAGGCACCCGGGUGUUUAAGAAAGCCAGUCCAAACGGGAAGCUCACCGUCUACCUGGGCAAGAGGGACUUCGUGGAUCACAUCGAUGUGGUGGACCCCGUGGAUGGCGUGGUGCUGGUGGACCCCGAGUACCUGAAGGAGAGGAAAGUCUUCGUCACCCUGACCUGCGCCUUCCGCUAUGGCCGUGAGGACCUGGACGUGCUGGGCCUGACGUUCCGCAAGGACCUUUUCGUGGCCAACGCUCAAGCCUUCCCCCCACUGCCCGAGGAGAAGAAGCCCCUGACGCGGCUCCAGGAGCGGCUCAUCAAGAAGUUGGGCGAGCACGCCUAUCCCUUCACCUUUGAGAUCCCCCCCAACCUGCCUUGCUCCGUCACGCUGCAGCCGGGCCCAGAGGAUACAGGGAAGGCCUGCGGGGUGGACUACGAGGUCAAAGCUUUCUGCGCCGAGAACCUGGAGGAGAAAAUCCACAAGAGGAACUCGGUCCGCCUGGUCAUCCGGAAGGUCCAAUAUGCGCCAGAGCGCCCCGGUCCCCAACCCAUGGCAGAGACCACGCGGCAGUUCCUCAUGUCGGACAAACCGCUGCACCUCGAGGCGUCCUUGGACAAGGAGAUCUAUUACCACGGAGAACCCAUCAGUGUCAACGUCCACGUCACCAACAACACCAACAAGACAGUGAAGAAGAUCAAGAUCUCAGUGCGCCAGUACGCCGACAUCUGCCUCUUCAACACCGCCCAGUACAAGUGUCCGGUGGCCGUGGAGGACGCUGACGACAUGGUGGCCCCCAGCUCGACGUUCUGCAAGGUCUACACCCUCACGCCCUUCCUGGCCAACAACCGGGAGAAGCGGGGGCUGGCGCUGGACGGGAAGCUCAAGCACGAGGACACCAACCUGGCCUCCAGCACCCUGUUGCGGGAUGGAGCCAACAAGGAGAUCUUGGGCAUCAUUGUGUCCUACAAGGUCAAGGUGAAGCUGGUGGUGUCCCGAGGAGGCCUGCUGGGAGACCUCGCCUCCAGCGACGUGGCGGUGGAGCUGCCCUUCACGCUCAUGCACCCCAAACCCAAGGAGGAACCUCCUCACCGGGACGUUCCAGAGCACGAAGCGCCCAUUGAUACGAACCUCAUCGAGCUCGACACAAACGAUGACGACAUCGUGUUCGAAGACUUUGCCCGCCAGCGGCUCAAGGGCAUGAAGGACGACAAGGAGGACGAGGACGAGCGGACAAACUCCCCCCAGCUCAACGACAGAUAAACGAGCGUCUGUGUGUCCCCCCCCCCCCGGCCCGGGAACGUCCGUCGCGUUCGGCUUCUUGUUUUAUUUUGUAUAAUUAUUAAUUUUGGAUUUUUUCGGUGUUUUUUUUUAAUUUCUACCUAUGGAUCGCCCGAUGGCGACAGCAAUUAUAACCAUCCAGCUGUG